AUGCGUGCGCUAGCCCUCUGGACCAAUCACAGCUUCGAGGUUUACAAUUGCCAGAGUCCCGAGAGCAGGAACGAAUCGGAGCCACCCGCCAUGCUCGACCUUCUCGGCUGGGCGCGACUCGGCGGCUUUUCCACAACGUUACGGCCUAUGCCCCUGGGCGCGAGCAAGCAGCAGCUCGGACGACGAUGGCUCUCCUCCAGUAGUACAUCGGCUCCCUCGCCGGCGACGAGUAGCAGCAGCAAAUUCUCAUACGACAUCGCAGCGUCAUACAUCGCGAAAGACCAUCCAUACGACCCGUCGACGCACGUCUUCCACUUCAACCCGUACAAUCGGUUACAACAGACGCGGAAGAAGCACUUGCGCCCUGAAAGCGGACAGGAUGCCUUCUUCGUCAGCCGCAUUGGCGAUACCGGCGCCGUCGCAUUGGGCGUAGCGGACGGCGUGGGCGGUUGGAUGGACUCGGGUGUCGAUCCGGCAGACUUCUCGCACAGCUUCUGCGAUUACAUGGCGUCGGUGGCCUACGAUCACGGCCGGGCACCCGGCAGCCAGGGACAAACGCUUACGGCGCGAAAUCUGAUGCAGAAAGGAUAUGAGACUGUCUGCUCGGAUAGAUCGAUUCCGGCAGGCGGGUCUACCGCGAUCGUUGGCAUACUCACCCCGGACGGCCUGCUGGAGGUUGCCAACCUGGGCGACAGCGGCUUCAUCCAGCUGCGGCUCAAUGCCGUCCACGCCUUUUCCGACCCUCAGAUCCACGCCUUCAACACGCCCUUUCAGCUGAGCGUGAUCCCCCCGAGCGUCAUGGCUCGCAUGGCUGCCUUUGGAGGCGCGCAGCUCAGCGACCUCCCGAAAGACGCCGAAGUCACCCACCACGGUGUGCGCCACGGCGACGUCUUGGUAUUUGCCUCGGACGGCCUGUGGGACAAUCUCUUCAACCAGGAUAUCCUGCGCAUCGUGAGCCGCGCCAUGAUCCGCACCGGCGCCUGGCGCGACACCGACGCCGGCAUCAGGGUCGCGCCCGACCUCGAGCCUCUGACCAGCACCGAGGCUGCGGCUUCUGCUGCGGCGGAUGGCCACAAGGCGCGUCCGCUGGGCACGUUGCAGAGCCGCAUCGCCACCGAGAUCACGGCCGCGGCCAAGGCGGCGAGCGUAUCGACCAAGCUGGACGGCCCCUUCGCCAAGGAGGUCAAGAAGUUCUACCCGCUCGAUACGUGGCACGGGGGCAAGGUGGAUGACAUCUGCGUUGUCGUCGCCGUCGUGUCCGAGAAGACCCCCCAGCCGCCGCCGGUGAAGAGCCGACUGUGA